AUGGCAGAACUGAAGAGCGGACGUGGCCCGACAACAGGGGUGCGCGCAGACGACGUGCUGCGGCACAACGUGAAGCUGCUGGCGCUGGGCGGGGCGUGGCCCCCGAGCGAGCGGCGCGGCCUGCGCCGGCUGUUCCCGCUCUACACCGCCACCAUCUACUUCUGCCAGAGCGCCACCAUCGCCAUGGGCAUCUGGCUCACGUACGACCUGUGGGGCGACGUCGACGAGAUCAUGCUCACGUACGUCAACACGUUCACGCUGCUCGGUGGCUACAUCAAGCUGAUCUACUUCUCCCGUGACGUGCGGGGCUACCGCGAGCUCGUCUCGAUCCUGCGUAACGUCGCCAGGGAACAAUGGCCGUACUGCGAGAACGACGCUAAGCUGAUGGCAAUCUUCACCGGCGCGUACCGGAAGGGCUUGUGGCUGACGUUCGGCCCCCUCGUGUACCUCAAUAUUUUGGGCCCCACUUGGUUCUUCAUGCCUCUCAUUCUUCGUGCCUUCGGUUCAGAGGAACGCCUACUGCCGUUCGUCAACUUGCGCGAAAGUGUGACGAAUAUUUUUCCUCUGUAUGUUGCCAUCUACGUCGUGCAAGUUUACUGCAUGUUCUUCUGGAAUAUAAUCAGCGUUGGGCUGGACAUGUUCUUCGUCACGAGCAUGGUUCACGUGGCUGCACAGCUCAAAAUCCUCAAUGAACGCCUAUCUAAUUUAGGUGAAGAUCCACCACAUGACGACUACGGAGCUGUAUUGGAUCGCCAGAUUAUGCGGGGAUUUGUCAAUCCGCAAAAGCGGCCAUUCAGCUGUGACAGACGACGGCGAGACAUGUAUGAAGAACUACGUAAUUGUAUCAAGACACAUCAACACAUCCUAAGGCAAGUGUUAAAAGUACAAUAG